AUGGCGGAGGCCGAUCAAAACCAUCACGAUCACGAUCACGACCACAAUCACGACCAAGGCCGUGGUCACGGACACGCCGACGAAAUUCAUAGCCAUAGUCACGGCCAUGUCGACGGUUCGCAUUCCCAUUCCCAUCCACCUGGGCGCCAGGACGACGAGACCGUCGCAGAUGUGAAUCGCACCUAUUUCAACAAGACCGCCUCGUCAUAUAAUUUGGAGUCCUGGAAAGACUUCGUCAACAAAAUCACCGCAUUCGUCCAUCAGCACAUCGACUGGAUCGGUGUCGACUUUGUCGACCCGUCGAACGUGUUCGAGACGAACAAUCAAGCUGAUCCUGAUCCUGACGGCCAAGGCAGACGAGUGCGCGUGCUCGACUACGCUUGCGGACCGGGUAGUAUGACGCAGGCCCUCGGCGCCCGCGCAACCGAGUACAUCGGCAUCGAUCUGAGCGAGAACAUGGUGCUGGCAUACAACUUGCGCUUUGGACCAGCUUCUGCUUCGCACUCUCCUCUGGUGGCUGAGGGACUCGAACCAGAGCCAGAAGCAGAGCCUUUCAACGCGCACGCUGUAGUUGGCAACCUCCUCAGCCCGUCAGAUCCGUCUCCACAGAACCUGUCUUCGCCUGAGUUCUUUGAAUUUGAUCUUGUCGUGGUCGGUAUGGCGUUCCACCAUUUUCCAAACAUCCCGCUCGCUACGCGACGGCUAGUCGAGCGCCUACGGCCUGGUGGCGUGUUUCUCAUCAUCGACUUCGUCACCUUUGCCAUGGAGAAUCACGGCGUUCAGCCGGCCGCCAAAACCGUCACACAUCAUGGGUUCAGCGAGCGGGAGUUGCGGCAGUACUUUGAGGACGCGGGUCUUUCGGAGUUCGCCGUCGUUAGGAUGGGAGAGGAGAUAUCGCUGCCCGGGUCGAUGAAGAGAGAGCCAUUCCUAGCUAGAGGACGUAAAACCUCCUUGGCUUGA